AUGCUCAGAACGAUUCCAACACUCAAAGCCGCACUUGCUUGCUUUGACAGGAUUGAAAAGUUUUUAGAGUCCCCAUCUCGCAAUUUGCUGUUUGUUCCAUUGCAAGAAUCUCUACAGAGUACUGACCAGAGUGUGAAAAGCACCCAGGGCAAAAUCACCACUACAUUUUCUCAUAAUAACAGCCAACAAAAGCUGGCUACUGCGAAUUUGUCUUCACAUGAGCAGGAGGCCCCUUGCUCCCUAGUCAUCAAGGCUGAAAACCUAGCGUUUGCGUGGACUGCCAAUGGCCCCCAAAUUCUCAAGGAUUCUGGUGUUCUCAGGCAACUGGAGACCACUGUUCUUCUUGUCACAAAUGCUGUGCACCGCCUCCAUUUUGCUGACCAUAUCAUCGCCCUGGAUCCCACUGGGCAUAUCGCGGAACAAGGUACCUUCGGUCAACUCCAGAGUGCAGGAGGAUAUGUGGAAAGUCUGGAGGCGAAGGAUAGAUAUGAGAAGGAUCCCAAUGGAACUGCUGCCAUCGCAAAAGAAUCAUUCAUCUCGCCUCCAAGCAGCGGUGCGGAACAAGCGAAAAAGGCCGAAGAAGAUGAACUCAAUCGGCCCAUUGGUGAAUGGUCUACAUACAAGUAUUUCUUUGCUUCGAUAGGCUGGCCACGGGCCCUUCUUUCACUUUUCUAUAUAAGUAUUUCUGGAGUGGCCGUGAAGCGCACAGAAUUGGUUGUUUCUCUUUGGGCAAAGGCAUUUGCGGCUGAUGGGAAGGAGGUCAACUCGCUCUAUCUCGGAGUAUAUGGGAUGAUGACCGGGAUCGGGGCGAUUUUCUGGAACAUCUCCGUCUAUCACUUUUUUCUUCAUUUGGUUCCGAUUAGUGCGGAAAAGCUGCAUGCCGGGCUUCUUACCCAAGAUAUGUCGGUGAUUGACAAGGAGCUUCCGUUCGCUCUCAUUGACUUGGUGGUCUCGGUAGUUCAAGCGCUAAUGGGCGCGAUAUUGAUGUGUCUGGCAACUGGCUAUUUUGCUCUCACCUUGCCACCCUUGGCUGCCAUCAUGUGGGAAGUAUUACUUGAGAACUUCCAGGCAAGUACGUUUACUGACCUAGAAGCAAAGUCACCACUGUACACACACUUCAUUGAGUCCUUGUCUGGACUGUUCACUAUCAGAGCGUUCGGUUGGUCUGAAGAGUUUGUAGAUCAAGACCUUCGCGCUCUGGAUCACUCCCAGCGGCCUUACUAUCUGUUGUUUUGCAUUCAGCGGUGGCUAUCCAUCGUUUUGGAUGUGAUGAUGGCAAUACUGGCGAAUGUGUUGAUGAUUUUGAUUGUUGAGCUCCGUGAAUCCGUGGGAGCCGAAUACACUAGUUUAGCAUUGCUCAACGUUAUGAGUUUCAACGAGACAUUGCAGGUGCAGUGUCAGUCUAUGCCGGAUCACUGGCCAGAUAAGGGUGGCAUUGUUUUCAAAACAGUGUCUGCUACCAAUUCCAUUGGUGGAACUUUGAUUCUCAAAGACAUAAAUAUGGACAUUAAGCCUGGGGAGAAGAUAGGAGUAUGCGGAAGAACGGGUAGUGGGAACAGCUCUCUCAUCAUGACUCUCCUACGUUUGCUUGAAGUUACCCCCAAGAGUACUAUCCUCAUCGACGGCGUGGACAUAACUGAAAUCUCUAGACAAUCAAUUCGCUCUGGUAUCAAUGCCAUCCCAGAAGACGCUUUCGAGUUGAAGGGAUCAAUCCCCCUCAAUGCCUCACCUUUGAAGAAGCAUAGCGAUGAAGAAAUUAUUGAUGCACUCCGCAAAGUCUACCUUUGGUCGCUUAUCCAGUCUAAAGGGGGCCUUGAUGUUGACUUGGAUGAGGAAAUCUUCUCGCCUGGCCAGAAACAGCUUUUCUGUCUUGCUCGUGCCCUUCUACGCAAGGGAAGAAUCGUUGUCAUGGAUGAGGUAUCUAACAGUAUUGAUAUUGCUACCGAUAAGGUAAUCCAGAAAGUGAUUCGCAAGGAGUUCGAAGGAGCCACGAUCAUUUCGAUCGCACAUCGACAUAACAACAUCAUUGAUUUCGAUCGCAUCGCACUACUCAGUGAUGGGCGAUUGGUGGAAUUCGACGCGCCUCGGGUGUUGUUGAAUAAACCAUCUGCAUUUUUGGACUUGUAUAAUCCGUGA